AUGGGCAACAAUGUUGUGACGGAAGCUACUCUGGAAAUACCUAUAUCUCGAGAGUUGCAAGGCAUCCAGACCGCAUUCUAUGCCCUUCCAAAUGUAAAUGCAAUCUUACCCCAGGUUACUAGUUCAAGAAAUCUACCCAUUAAUCUCGAUCCGGAGUCUCCAGAAGGGUCGCCUGUUGUAGCCGACAUCUCUAGUUUAGAGCCUCUCCAUGAUGACACUGGGCUGUUGUGCCACAGCAUGCAUCGAGACACGCCGCGCAGACAGCGAACCUGUACCCAAGUCAGGAGACGACCCGCGAGCAGUGGCCCUGAGCAAGCACCUGCUCCCAGAAAACGGCGUACAAACGUCCGUGGUGCAUCGCCUGGGUCCAUCAUCAGACGAUCUUCGGUUCUCGAGAGCCUUCCCCAAGGUUCGCACUACAUUUUCAUCAGCGCAGCAGAAGUCCCAGUCAGCGGUAUAAGCCAAGAAACCAUGGAGAGACUCUUCAAUCGCUAG